GUACUUACACAGCAGCACCACGCACGCAAUACACUAGCCCGUAAGCCAAAAUGCUCUACAGAGACCAAUACGCCUCCCUCUCUUCCAACAACGCCGACUGCGCCAGCGACGGCGAGCCGGAAGAGUACCCCCUGACACCUAACGGCCUCCAGCCUCGCCCGCCGCCCCGCCCCAAGUCCAGCAACCGGUACACGUACGCCAUCCUCGCCGUCCUCGCCCAGCUCGUCUAUACAACUCUGGUCCUCGUCGCCGCUCGCCAGUUCUAUUACAAGAGCAUCUGUCCAGCUGUCGCGGCGCCGGAUCGCUAUCGCGCGUGGGAUGCCCUACAAUACGAAGAGGUUCCCGCCGACCACGAGGAGCCUGACGACCACCACCCGUAUCUCGGUGCUCCGCGGCCCGAGCUCGAUCGGAAUUGGAACACGUUAUUGACGACGUUCCGCAACCGCGUCCCAAGUGCCGAGAUCCACAGGCUGGGUGUGGAGGAGGAGUCCAUCUGGCUGGAUGACGAUGAUGGUCAAUAUUAUGGAAGUGUGUGGGUUGGGCACAACCUGCACUGUAUUAAAUAUCUAUACAAUGGCCUGCAUCGCGAUCAUUACUAUCACAACAUGACCGCGGCUGAGGAGAAGUCGCAUUCCAGUCAUUUGCACCACUGCCUCCAGCGGCUCAUGGACGCGCUGAAAUGCCACCCAGACAUGUCCCCGCUGACUCUGCACUGGGUCGUCAAUGAGGCCGCCCCCAUAGUCAACUGGGACGGGGCGCGGCACACAUGCGCCAACUGGGACCGCGUCAUGGAGUGGGCUAGGAGCACUCACAUUGUCCCCGCUGGGAAAACUAGUCUCGCCGAGGUCGCCCGGCAUCCACUCUACGCGACGUUCCUCGAUGAGCACGGCCACGCCGAUUUCUUGAACCAGGAUGCAAUCGUCGAGUGGGAUAAGUUGUUUGCCAGACCGGAUUGGCAGGCGUGGGCCAGGGAACAUGGGAUUCCGGAAGGAACUAUUCCCGGGAAGGAGAUGCUGAGGAACAAACAUGUUGACGGGUAGAUGCCUUGGUUGCUGUUCUGUUGAUUGAGUUGGGUUGCCCGGAUGGCGUGGCGGAUGUGACUUGAUCAAUGCGGUGUGUAUUAAGUCAUUGGUAAUGUCGAUCAACAUGCGCAAAAGUACGUAACAGUAACAUGGUGUUUUGAUGUGAGG